AAAAUGGAUAAAGAGAACUGUUCUUCGUUGCCAGAAUUCUAUCUCUUGGGAAUCACUAGUAAGUAUGACAUGAAGCUAGUUUUAUUCAUGGUGUUUCUGGUUGUUUAUCUCUCCACUCUGCUGGAAAACAUAGGAAUGAUCACAUUGAUCAGAAUGAAUCCCCAGCUUCACACACCAAUGUACUUCUUCCUCAGCCACCUCUCUUUCUCUGACCUGUGCUAUUCCACUGCAGUUGGACCAAGGAUGCUGGGAGACCUACUUGCUGAGACACAUUCAAUUUCCUUUACUGGGUGUUUUCUGCAGCUCUUGUUUGUCUGUGUCUUUAUAGAUGUUGAAUGCAUGCUGCUGGCAGUGAUGGCCUUUGAUAGAUAUAAGGCCAUCAGCAAACCCCUUCUGUAUGCUGUGGACAUGUCCAGCAAACUGUGCUACCAGUUCUUAACUUUAAUUUACCUGGCAAGUACUGUAGAUGGUUUAAUACAUACAACAUUGGCAUUUAGUUUAUGUUUUUGUGGCUCUACACAUAUCAAUCAUUUUUUCUGUGAUUUACCACCACUAUACCUUCUUUCCUGUUCUGACACACAAGCAAAUGAGCUUGUUGUAUUUACACUUUUUGGAUUUAUUGAAUUGAGCACCAUCUCGAGUGUCCUGGUCUCUUAUUGUUACAUCAUCUCAUCAGUCUUAAAGAUCAGCUCUUCUGGGGGACGCUUCAAAGCUUUCUCUACCUGUGCCUCUCACCUGACUGCAGUUGGAAUUUUGCAGGGGACCAUGCUCUUCAUGUAUUUCAGACCAAGUUCUGCCUACUCUCUAGACCAGGAUAAAAUGACAUCAGUCUUUUACCUCCUCAUUAUCCCCAUGAUAAACCCUCUGAUUUACAGCCUAAGGAAUAAGGAUGUAAAAGAAGCUCUGAUUAGAUUCAGAAAUAAAAAGUGGUUUUAAUGUACA